ACUUCGCGUUGAGACGAGGAGCGGGACGUGUCCAAUGCAGCAGUAGAGGAGCAGUGACAUGCUGGCUUGUUUGCCAGCAUCAGGUGACCCCGCCAUCCGACUUCUUCCCCACAGGCAGAUGAAUGCUGGACUUCAGAAAUUGUGUCGUGGAUUUGUAUUCGGUCUCUUUAUCUCCGGGUCCCCUAAAGUUGCCUUCAGAAGUUGUCCCCUCAGCGAAGAGAGACCGUAUCGCUGUUAAUCAAAUCCAGAAGCCUCAGAGGUUUGCUACGACACAUAAGUGAACAAUCAGCAUCAUGGAGGUCAAGGAACACGACAGACGGGUCAGGGGUAGGAAAGGGGAAACCACACAGAAGAUGAGAUCUGCCUCCCAUCCGACCCCUGCAGAGUUGGACGCCUAUGCUAAGAAAGUUGCCGACAAACCUUUGACCAUCCAGAUCUUCCCAAGCAGUAUCAAAGUUCCUCAGAAGAAGCACGUAAGUCGCACAGUCAACGGGCUCGACACGUCUUCGUCUGGUCAGCACCACAGUCCCUACCCUCCUCAGGUCACCUCCAGCGGUGGCCUCCUGGCUGUCCUCCGUGUACCUCUCAAAGGUCUCAUCAAACAACCGGACGGCUGCCGAACUCGGCAGCAGCCUAAAGCAGUCAUGAACCCUCAGACUGGACCGUAUGCCGCUCAAAGCACUUUAAAUCUUCCUCAUCCUGCUCCUCACCUGGCAGGUCUCUCUCAGCCGGUGGCACAGAAGCAGGGAGCGGUUCACCCGCAGGCACUACAGCAGCAAAACAUGGCUCACCCGAUGGCUUUACAGCAGCAUCACCCACAGGACUUGCAGCAGAGGAACAUGGCUCAUUCUCAAGCUCUGCAGCAACAGCAGAGCUUGUCCCAGCUUCAGGGAACACAGCAGCAAAGAUUGGCUCAUCCACAAGGUAUCCAGCGGCAGCCUCAUCCCCAGGCCCUGCAGGAGGGCCAGUCCUGCUCCUCAGUCAUACCACAGCAGCAUCUUUCUCAUGUGCAGACUCUAAAGCAUCAGACAGCUCCUCCACAAGCUGUACUUGCACAGCAGGGAGUGACUCAGGACCUGCGCCAUGUUUCUGAUGGAGCUCAGUUUCAGGGCCUGCAGGGGCUCGGCGGCUCCCAGGCUCUCCCCCAGGCAGCGCCCGCAGGCCCUCCCGCCCUGUCUAACAACCUCCAGCAGCCACCACUGGGACAGUACGGUCCACGGAAGCUCCCGGAUGCAGACGCCCCACCAAAUGUAACUGUGUCUACCUCCACCAUCCCGCUGUCCAUGGCAGCUAGCCUGCACCAGAACCGGCCCAGAGACCUGAGCAGCAUUGUGCACCAAAUCAAUCAGCUGUGCCAGGCUCGCGCCGGCAUGGGCACCACUUCAGUCUGUGAGGGUCAGAUAGCAAACCCCAGCCCCAUCAGCCGCAACCAGCUGAUCAGCGCCAGCUCCAGGGUGUCCUCCCAGCAUGCAGCUGUGGGGAGCAUCUCCAGCUGUUUCAUGAUGGGGCACCCUGACAAAGCGACUGCUCAGACUCCUGGUGCCGGGCUCCACUCACAGCCCAGUACAACUGCUAAUAAUAAUAUGGCUUCUUUCCACUCUGACAGCGAGAAGGUACCAGUGCAGCAGCAGCUUCAGCACCACCUGCUGCAACAGAAACAGCAGCAACAUUUACAGCAGCUGCAGCAGCAGCAGCGCUCCUGGGCCCAGCAUCAACUGGCCCACAUGCAGCAGCCUCCCGAGGGAGCACACCCCUGCAAAAACCCAAGAAUGGAGCAGGCAGCUGAGUGUGCGUUCCCCUCUCACAAUCUGAGCUACACCCACAAGCUACCCAGCUCUGCACAGGGGUUUCCACUAAAACACCCGGCUGAAAAGGCACUUCCUCCGUCCCCUGUGAACUGCUCAGUCGGUCUUGUGUCCUACAUGAAUGGGCAUUACAUGCAGCCUUCCUGGAGCAGCAUCCCAACCACAGCAGGGAACAAUGGAAAUAUUCCUCAGGACCUCCUGGUGGGUUUUCAGGGAGGACACGCCGCUGCGUCGGCAGACCGUGUCCCAGGAGCCAAAUACCGGCCAGGGAAGGAUGGAUCCGCUGGCCAGUCAAAGCUGAUGCAGCAGAACAUGGAUUUCUUAGGUGAGGGCUUCCAGGUGCCCACCUUACAGGAGCAGAACAUGGAUGUGAUGCAUAAGAUGCACAGGUCCGGCUUGGGCCACGUUAAGGAGCCCAGCAGCAGCGGGGGUGUCCACAGCCAUCACCCAGGCUACCAUUAAACUCAGCAUCGAUCCCCUCUGUGGAUUUAGAUUUUUCUCAACAGCACUUUGAGCUUCUGAGUUUCAUCGUUUUAAGAUCCUAAAUCCUUUAGAGCUUCAUUUGAUCCUGUGCUGGACUGCCGCUCUGCCUCUUCCCCUCUGACAGCUCCAUGUCGAACUCCUUGAGCCCAAUGAGGAGAGCAUCAAGGUAGUGAUGUUCCCUAGUAUUCCUCAGGUCUUACACCAUGUCGGACCUUUUGUUUUAAAAUGAAGGCUUUCUGAGAUUGACCGCCGCUGGCAUGGAUGUGCUGCUCUUUGUUCGUGUGUAAAUGGUGUUUAGAUGAAGGCUGUAGUUGCCUCAUGACUGUCACAGUGCUUCUUAGUUUCACGACGUUUCUCAGCAUUUGUGGCCUUACGACUGCCCAGGGCGAGCUUCGGGAAGUCCUCAUGGUAACGCGGUUCUUUGUAGGCUGUGACCCGGUCCGAUAGGAGAGAGAGGAUCCUGUUGCCUUGUUGACAAGUCCAAGUCGGAUCCAUGACUCUUCACUGUGACGUCUGGGAUCUCUGCAGGCUCGGUUCGGUUCUGUGGGUCAACAUUCUCUGUUCUCCUUGUUGGUUUCAUGUAGUUAUUUUCAGUUGUUUUUAUUGUUGUAAAUCUGUAGAUCGCCCUACUUGAACUGUAGAAAUAACUUGUGAAAGUUUAGCAUUUGGCACAGGGAGCAGAACUCCAUUAGGUCAUAUUUAUCUAAAGUUAAUGUGAACCAGAAGGCAUCCUGUUGUUGGAAUGAUGUGUGUCUGUGUGUGAAAAAGCUAAACGAUGACUCCAAGUAACGUGAGCGGGGAAAACGCUUCACUUCCCGCUUCACCACUUUCCUGCUGUAAUGCAACCCGCUGAUGCUUCUCUGAGUCACUGGCACCAUUUCUGGUACCAAUAAACAACCAGGAGUGGCUUUCAGCUCGAUCUACAAACCCAUUUCCUGUUCAUCAUGGAUCUAGCUGGGGCGUAGGCAUGGGCCGGUAUGAGAUUCUCUCAGUAUGAUAAAAAUGACCUCAAAAUUUACAGCAGAUGUGUGUAACGGGAUCCAGUUGUUUUCUUUAGAACAGAAAAGAUAAAAAAAUGAAUGGGGAUGCGCCGACCCUUUUUCUGGUCUUCAUUUUGGGUUAACCUUUGACCCGCCAAUACCGAACAACGUUCAGUAGAACGUUGCAGCUUUCCUGCCUCAGCUUUGAUUCACUGUUUAUAAGAGGAGGUGUCACGAUGUGUUGCACAUUAGGACAUCCUAUUUUAUGACAUUUUAAACAUUCAUUACUGUAGCAGAACAUUAAGCGGGCCGUGCAGCGCAACCAACCGGCAGACCACACCCUUAGAAACAUACCUGACAUUAGCACGGCUAGCUAAACUAAAACAGAUGUAGAUCCUUACUUUAACCCUGAGGCCAACUUACUCCGUUCUGCCUUCCUGUUAUCUGCUCUAAAUCUCGCUCCCUGUCGCUCUGCUGCAUCCUGGGUUGACAAAGGGGAGAACUUUUGGGUUUGUGACCCGGCAGGCACCAGUCGGGUCCAGUUGAGCUGAGAGUCAUCAUUCUGGUCAACAGAUGAUUUUUCUGUGCUACUCUAAUAGUCAUAAUAAUGUUAUUCUUGUCGUAUUUUAGACUGAAACGACGAUCUUAAUAAUCAAGUUUAGUAGUUUUCCAGACUUGUGUUCAGUAAUAAAACCGGAUUAAAAGGAGCUGGUUACGGCUUGUUAAUUAGUUAAUUAUUAAAACGGCGCCACCUUGAGAAGACUGAUGGGCGGUGCUCCAGUUUCACAACCAGAACUUUUUCCCAACUGAAUAAUUUAGGCCUUAAAAUACGUCUGUGUCUCUCUCGUCAGUUCAGCGUUCCACGGUUUCCAUUCAGAGCCUCAUAUGGGGCGACAAUGAGCUGAAAACACUUAAAAAGAAAGAAUAAAAUGAUUUCUGGCCAAAAUAUCUCACCAGACGGAGAAAUGAGCCAGACAAGGUGAACAGACUUUUCUGAGCCGUUGUUUUUCUUGUCUGCUGUGUGAUCGGCGCCCCCUUUGGAUGGGAGGAGUGUUGUUGCUGUCGGUGCACGCAGCCAGUGCGGUACCAAUAAUCUGGGCUGCACAUCUUCUGUGUGAGGGGAACCGGGAAAUCUCCUGCAUCUCAUUAAAAGCAAUUUAAACUAGAGGAACGCCAUGACGGAAAGUUUUUUGCUGUUGUAAAACCGGACCUACUUAAAAACCUGGAUACCCUGAUACCGGAUUCUGGCCCAUGCCUAUGGAGGAGUUGAUUGCAGUGAUAAUACAAACUAAAGCCUUAAAUAGACCAGUUUUAUUCCACUCAGACUGUAUAACUGAGCUCCUUUGUCAGGAUCGGAGCUCUACCUUUAUUGUGUGGGACUAUGGCUUAAAACCUGUUCGGACUCUGGGUUCUGAAUGGAAGAUCCCGUUACGAACUCAUGCAACCAGAUAAAACACCCAUCCUACCUGUCCUUCAUGUAAUGUAUUACAUUUUUCUAGCUUUUACUAAAACCGAUAGACGUGUAGAGCGGAGCUGUAGCGGUCAUUUUAAAUGUUCGUAUUUUUUGAAUUAAAAUCCUGAAAUCAUUUGAAAUGUUUUUAUUAUUUUUGGAGCUUUUGUCCUGAAGCCGUUCUGGAUUCCACUUUAGGGGCCAUUUGUGACGCGUAUAACAGUAACGACAUCAGAUAGUUCAACCUGAGUGAACUCAGAGGAGAACCUCACAGGAGGUUGAGUCUCGGCUCCUUCAGAUCUGAAAGCUGAAUUCUUCUCUUUCAAAGUCGAAGGUAGGACAUGAUUUUGGAUCCGGGUUGGUUCGCUCCUUCACCAGUUUCAACCCCAGUAAACACAUCAGUUAGAACCAGCUAGUUAACAUAUUUCUCUUGGCAGUUAAAUACUUAAUUUAAUUAGGAAGAUUUAUUUAAAAAGGCUCAAAUCUCAUUCCUGUUAUUUACUUUCAGACAGUUUUUUUUUUUUUUUUAGAUUUUAUAUGAUUAGUUUUUUGUUGAUUGCAGUUUUGAUCCUCAUAUGGACCCCUGAACCUGAUGAAAUUUGACCCGAGUAACAUCCCGCUGAUGAAUGUUUAUCAGAGCCAUAAAACCACGUUUUGUGCCAGAAGACGAUGAGCAGGUCAUUUAAUUCAUUUAAAGUCAGAUCAGGUAGGAAAUGUCCUGAUGGGAGGAAUGAUUUGCCUCAGAGGAGACCGCUUGUUUUAGUACCGGCAGAACGGACUGAACCAAGCUAAGGUAUGAGGUGAUGAAGGAGCGAAACAACCUGCAGCCCAAGUCUUCCCAGCAACAGAGCGGAGCUGCAGCAGCAGUUCAUAUUUGGCUCUUUAUACGUGACGGGGGUUCAUUUCUGUUUCCCUGGCUUUCAUUUUUGAUGUGCCUGUCCCUUAAAGCUGCUAUUGAACUUAAUCAACACACUCAUCUAACGUGUGUCUAGAAAUAGUAACAGUACAUGGGCUGCAUCAGUGGAAAACAAAGUUCUAGUCGGUUCAACAACGAUGAGGGGAAACUUUCCACCUGAACAUUUGUGUUAUUUGGACAUUAUUUGGUUAAAAAUGGACCAGAAUUUAAAUUUCUGACCGUUUCAACCUGUGGGUUUCCCCAGCAGCCAAUCAGAUGAGUGAAAACACCAAACUAUCAGACCGGGUCAUCUCUGGUUCUGAACUGUCUCAGUGCAGCCCAUAGUCAGGUUCUACAGUUUCAUAUGAAGUGCCUCCACUGGGUUUAGUGUGGACGUGUGUGUGUGUGUGUGUGUGAGAAGUGUGGUUACCUGCACACAGGUGUGCUCAAAGUGAAUCUCAAAUGUGUGAGUGGGGUGGGGGAGCAAGCUACUUAUUGAAACUACUGAUACUGUGUGAUGGACCGAAGUCCUGACGCGUGCCACGACUCGUCGACACUGUGGGGGACGUUUGCUCCUGACUCACUGACCAAAGUGACCGGGUGUCCCCCUCUGAGUGGGCCGGCCUUCCUGGCGAGUUGCCCCAUCUUAGAACUGUAAUAAGAAACUAAAUCUGGAGACGUAACAGAGACCCGUUCUGUUGCUUUGAGUGGAGUAAAAAUCAAAGAUGUAAACCGAGCAUAAGCAAAUCUAGAGUGAACGUUUGUUUAGGUGGUUCUCAACCAGAGCAGUGGCGGUUUUUGGUAGAUGCCCAGGGCUGUAUUAGAACGGGGGUGCACAAGAAAAAAUAAUGUGAUGUCAUUUAUUGUCUAACAUUUUCUGUUGCUUUUAUGCAUGUGUGGCCAGAGGGGGACUGGCGUCGCCCUCUUGCUUCAGAGAAUACGGACACUGGGUCACAUGGGCGACUUAACUGCAUUUCAUCCUGCUCCAGAAUCUGGAAAAAUUUCCUGCAUUUUAAUUGGUUGGGAAGGAGAAGUAGAAGGGUCUUGCCCAGAGUGCUCUCCAUGCCAGAACCGCCACUGAACCAGGGCUCUGGGUUUCAUGGUUCCACUUAAGGUCUACAUCCAGAAGCAGCUCAGUACAUGUCUGUUUGCACUGCAAGAAUCAUCCACUGAAGCACAUGAAAGUGAACUGGGCCAAAGGAACGCAGCAGUCACUCUAGAUUUCUUAUUGCCCUGAUCCAGUUUUCCUAGUUUAUAAGAACCAAUCAUGUUGUGACCGCUGGUGGAGGGGCUUUCUGUCUCUACUGUGUGAAAAUGUGAUAUUUGCCUAAAUUCCAGGUAUUUAAAUGUCUUGCACAAACAUUCCCCCCUAACCCAAAUAAAGUCUGCAAACACAAA